AUGUCUCGUGAAGGUUUCCAGAUCCCAUCCAACCUUGAUGUUGCUGCUGCCGGUACUUCUCAAGCUAGAACUGCCACUUUGAAGUACAUCUGUGCUGAAUGUUCCAGUAAACUUUCUUUGUCUAGAACCGAUCCAGUUCGUUGUAAGGAUUGUGGUCACAGAAUUCUAUUAAAGGCUAGAACUAAGAGAAUGAUCCAAUUUGAAGCUAGGUAG